AUGAAUGCGGCUGAGAAUGGUGGUUACAUACAGAGCUUGCAAAUGGCUCCGGGGAUCAAAGGGAAGAAAAUCACUUGGAUAAAUAAAAAUGGAAUAUUGGGUUUUGUUGAAUCCAUUAUUUUGAGCCAAAAAGAAGCCAGUGAACCCUUUUACAUCCUUGACCUAGGACUCCUCAUCAAUCUUGUUCACAAAUGGGCUCAUGAUCUUCCAAUGAUUCAGCCAUAUUAUGCUGUCAAGUGCAACCCUAACAUUGAAUUUCUUGGUGCCAUGGCUGCCCUCGGCUUUAGCUUCGACUGCGCCAGCCGAGCCGAGAUUGAAACCGUUAUGGCUCUUGGUGUGUCAUCCGAUCGAAUCAUCUUUGCCAACCCAUGCAAGGCGGAGUCCCACAUCAAGUAUGCCGCUAGCGUUGGCGUUAAUUUGACGACCUUCGACUCUAUAAAUGAAGUAAGAAAGAUCAAAAGAAGUCAUCCAGAAUGUGCAUUGUUGAUCCGAAUCAAAGUCAUGGACGAUAGUACAUUUCGGAGUCCAUUGAGCUCUAAGUAUGGUGCACUCCCGAAUGAGAUAGAGUCGCUCCUACAAGCUGCUCAAGCUGCGCAACUCGACGUUAUUGGUGUUUCGUUCCAUAUUGGAAGUGGAGGUAACGAUGUUUAUGCUUAUCGCUAUGCCAUAGCUGCCGCCAAAGAAGUGUUUGACACAACAGUUCAAUUAGGGAUGCCAAAAAUGAAGGUGCUCAAUAUCGGAGGUGGGUUCACGGCCGACACACAUUUCAAUGUGGCCGUCAUGGCGAUUAAAGAAGGAAUCUCGAAGCACUUCUCGGAGGAAGAAGGGUUGAUUUUCAUGGCGGAGCCGGGGAGAUAUUUUGCCGAAAAAUGCUUUACAUUGGCGACGAACAUAAUCGGAAAGCGAGUGAGGGGAGAUUUGAGAGAGUAUUGGAUAACUGAUGGUAUUUAUGGGUCAAUGAAUUGCAUUGUCAACGAUCAUGCGGUUGUCACUUGCUCCCCAUUAGGCACCACGUCAAACCCUAUAAAUCCGACGUGUACAAAUGCUGAGCUGUACAAAUCGACUGUGUUUGGCCCCACAUGCGAUGCUUAUGAUACAAUUUCCACUAGUUACUGGCUACCGGAUUUGGAGGUGGAUGAUUGGUUGUUGUUUCCUAACAUGGGUGCCUACACGUCAGCAACUGGAUCCAACUUCAAUGGGUUUACCACCUCCUCCAUACCGACCAUUCUUUAUUACUCCAAUAUUUCUUGCGUAAAUUUCUAG